GCCGUCCGCGCGCAGAACUCUGGCCGCUCGCUCGCGCGCUCAUGGAGUCGGUGCUGUACCUGGCGGCGCUGCUCGGGCUCUUCGUGCUCUGGGUGAAGGUGAAGGGGCUCGAGUACGUGAUCGUCCACCAGAGAUGGAUCUUCGUCUGCCUCUUCCUGCUGCCGCUGUCCAUCGUCUUCGACAUCUAUUACUACCUGAGAGCCUGGCUCAUCUUCAAAAUGUGCAGCGCGCCGAAACUGCACGAGCAGCGGGUCCGAGACAUCCAGAGGCAGGUGCGGGACUGGCACGAUGAAGGGAGGCAGAGGUUCAUGUGCACAGGACGCCCAGGCUGGCUAACCAUCUCUCUGCGUGUGGGCAAAUACAAGAAAACGCACAAGAACAUCCAAAUCAACCUGAUGGACAUCCUGGAUGUGGACACCGAGAGACAGGUUGUUCAUGCUGAGCCCCUGGUCACCAUGGGCCAGGUGACCACCCUGCUGAACUCAAUGGGCUGGACGCUCCCUGUGCUCCCGGAGCUGGAUGACCUCACAGUGGGUGGGCUGAUCAUGGGCACCGGCAUCGAGUCGUCCUCGCACAUCCACGGCCUCUUCCAGCACAUCUGUGUGGCCUACGAGUUGGUCCUGGCGGAUGGCAGUCUGGUCAGGUGCACGGCGACGGAGAACUCGGAGCUGUUCUACGCCGUGCCCUGGUCCUGUGGCACCCUCGGCUUCCUGGUGGCAGCAGAGAUCAGGAUCAUCCCGGCCCGGAGGUUUGUGUGCCUGCGGUACGAGCCGGUCAGGGGUCUGGACAACAUCUGCCAGCGCUUCUCCCAGGAGUCGGCCAGCCAAGAGAACCAAUUUGUGGAGGGGCUGCUGUUCUCACUCAACGAGGCGGUCAUCAUGACCGGGGUCAUGGUGGACGAGGCCGAGGCUGGCAAGGUCAACCGCAUCGGUCAUUUUUACAAGCCCUGGUUCUACCGCCAUGUCGAGUCCUUCCUGAAGGAGAGCCGUCGUGCUGUGGAGUACAUCCCCCUGCGCCAUUACUACCACCGGCACACCCGCAGCAUCUUCUGGGAGCUUCAGGACAUCAUUCCAUUCGGUAACCACCCGAUCUUCCGCUACCUCUUUGGCUGGAUGGUCCCCCCAAAGAUCUCCCUGCUGAAGCUGACCCAGGGAGAGACCAUCCGGAGGCUCUAUGAGCAGCGCCACGUGGUCCAGGACAUGCUGGUGCCCAUGAAGUGCCUGAAAAGGUCCAUCACCACCUUCCACAGCGACGUCCACGUGUACCCACUGUGGCUGUGCCCCUUCAUCCUACGCAGUCAGCCUGGCAUGGUCCAUCCGAAGGGCAAUGAAGACGAACUUUAUGUGGACAUUGGGGCCUACGGGGAGCCAAAGGCCAAGCAGUUCGAGGCGCAGGCGUCCAUGAAGCAGCUGGAGAAGUUUGUGCGUGAUGUUCACGGGUUCCAGAUGCUCUACGCCGAUGUCUACAUGAACCGGCAGGAGUUCUGGGAGAUGUUUGAUGGCGCCCUGUACCACAAACUGAGGGCACAGCUUGGCUGUAAGGAUGCCUUCCCCGAGGUCUACGACAAGAUCUGCAAGUCAGCCAGGCACUGAGCAUGGUUGGCACCAACGCCGGAGUCCAAGGACUGGCAUCUGCCUGGUGAGGGACAGCGUGGAGUGAUGACCUUGUGAAAGGGCUGGAUGGGGACGGACUGAAUGAUGACCAUUGGCUUAUGUAAUCAUCACUGGGCACUCUAGUGGGCACUGAAGAGCACCUCCAAGAAUGGACUCCCAGUGUGGCUUCAUGUUGUGUUGGACAUGUGGAGGUUGGGGUCAGCAUAUGGACCACUCUGCUGUGCUGGUCUCUGUGUGUGUGUGUGUGUGUGUGUGUGUGUGUGUGUGUGUCAUGACACUUUGUUAACUCAUCAUGCUUUAAGUGGAAGGACAGUCGGGUGUUUGUGGCUUCUGUGUACACUGCCCCCUUGUGGCCCUCUGUGGCACUGCUGGCACAAUGACCCGGUGGCGGCCAGAAUUCCAAAGAAUGUUGAGUUGGUGCUCAAUAAAUGGCAACCGCGACGGGC